AUGAUCCGUCUAGGGUUCGGUGCCAGUCAGUCCGGCGCCGAGUUUGGCGGUGACUGUAUCCCGGGAACUCUUGGCCGGGACUACACCUGGCCCAAGGCUGCCAGCAUCCAGACGCUUCGCCGUGCGGGCAUGAACACGUUCCGCGUGCCCUUCCGGAUGGAAAGGCUUGUACCGAACAAGAUGACGGGUAGUCCGGAUCCAAAGUACCUGGGGUCGCUGAAAGCCACCGUCGAGACCAUCACCCGCCUUGGUGCGUAUGCGGUUGUUGACCCGCAUAACAGCGGCCGAUACUAUGGCAACAUCAUCACUUCCACGGCCGACUUUGCGGCGUUCUGGACCACCGUUGCCAAGGUGUUUGCCAAAAAUCCAAAGGUCAUUUUCGACACCAACAACGAGUACUAUGGUCUCAACCAGACUCUCGUCCUGAAGCUCAACCAGGCUGCCAUCAACGCUAUCCGGGCCGCCGGCGCCACGUCCCAGUACAUCUUUGUAGAGGGCAACGCCUGGUCCGGCGCUUGGAGCUGGACAGCCACCAACGACAACCUCAAGCAUCUCAAGGAUCCCAAAAACAAGAUUGUCUACGAAAUGCACCAGUACCUCGAUGCUGACUCGUCUGGAACUUCCCCCAACUGCGUCAGCUCCACCAUCGGACAAGACCGCAUCAAGGAAGCCACCAAGUGGCUCCGGGUUAACAAGAAGAAGGGCGUCAUUGGCGAAUAUGCCGCUGGCCCCAACAGCGUCUGCCACGACGCCGUCAAGGGACUCCUCGACACCAUGGCCAAGAACGCUGAUGUCUGGAAAGGUGCCAUCUGGUGGGGAGCCGGCCCCUGGUGGGGGAACUAUCAGUUCAGCCUCGAGCCUCCUUAUGGUGCUGCGUACUCCAACUUCUUGACCAUCUUGAAGGGUUAUGCUCCGUCGGCGUCCUCUCGCUCGCAUUCCCUUGCCGCAUCUGCUGUCUCCAAGAAUGUCGAGAAUAUCGAGGAAGUCGAGGAUGUCGAGGAAGUCGAGGAUGUCGAGGGUGUCGAGGGUGCCAAGGAUGUCAAGGAUGCCGUCGAGAAAACACAAAGCACCCCGCUUGUGGUGGACGUGUGA